GCGGGGAGGAAAAAACUUCCGGCCUGUUUUUCUUUUUUCGGUAUUUUUUUUUUUUUCUUUAAUUUGACCGAGAGGUUGACGCACCAGCAGUUUUUUCGAAUAGGUGGAGAAGCUGAAACUUUAGAAAUGAUUUCUUCAAGCUUCAGGGACUGCCAGGCAUGGAGCGCGGAGGGGCUUAUAUUGUCCACCAGCAGUAAUGAGGCUUGUAAAAUGUAUGACGCCGUACUCACGCAGUAUGUGAAAUGGAGGAACGAUGACAGCUUGGGAGGAAUUGAAGGAUGCGUUUCUGCUGUCCAAGCAGCUGACCCAAAUUUUGUUAUGGGGCAUGUGAUAAGUACAGGCAUGGAGCUAGUGGCAACAACAAGCUCCACCAGGCUGGAUGAGCGUCUGUCAAGUGCUGUGAGGAGGACGGUGGAACUUGCCAACAGCCAGGACAUCACUUCCAGAGAGAGACUCCAUGUCAAAGCCAUGGAGCUCUUCUCACACGGAAAUUUUCCAAAAGCCUGUGAGGUAUGGGAAGAUAUUCUGCUAGACCACCCAACUGAUAUGUUGGCCCUCAAGUUUGCACAUGAUACUUAUUUCUACAUGGGAGCCCAAAUGCCAAUGAGGGACUCUGUGGCCAGGGUGCUUCCCCACUGGAAACCACACAUGCCUUUGUCCAGCUACCUAAAAGGACUAUAUUCCUUUGGUCUCCUGGAAACUCGUUUCUAUGACCAGGCUGAGAAAGUAGCCAUGGAGGGGCUUGCUCUAACUCCCGAUGAUGCUUGGUCAGUCCACUCUGUAGCCCAUGUUUGUGAGAUGAAGGCAGAGUUGGACAAAGGCUUGAAGUUCAUGGAAAGUAGAGAGAAAGACUGGGAGGUAUCUGACAUGCUGGCCAGUCAUAACUAUUGGCACUGGGCUCUAUAUUUCAUCGAGAAGAGGCAACACGAAGCUGCUCUGCAAAUAUACGACACUCAGGUCUUCAGACGUUGUAAGGCCUCAGGAGCCAUGUUGGACAUUGUAGAUGCUUGUUCAUUACUUUACAGAUUGGAAAUGGACGGAGUGUGUGUGAAGGAGCGUUGGCAGGAGCUGCUCCAAGUAACUCGGCCUCACACUGACGAUCACGUGACCUUGUUUAAUGACCUCCACUUCCUUAUGGUGUCGCUGGGAGCUAAAGAGAGCGGGACUAGCCGGCGUCUGCUGGAGGGCCUUCAGGAAUUGGCAAAGGAGCCAGGAGACAAUCAGCAGCAUCAGCUGGCCGGGACUGUAGGGAUACCAAUGUGCCAGGCUAUGCUGGAGUACAACCAGGGUAACUACAGUCAAGCUGUGGAGCUGCUAUACCCUUUACGGUAUCGCAUGGUAGACAUAGGUGGCAGUGAUGCACAGAGGGAUCUGUUUAAUCAGCUGCUUAUUCAUGCUGCGAUGAAAUCGGAGAAUAAGCACCACCAGAAACUGGGAAGAUGUCUUCUGGUAGAGCGCGAUGCCAUGAGGCCAAACUCCCCUCUGACCCAUCGUCUGAUGCAGAAAGCUCUUGCACUUCAUGAUUAGAGGUGCACAAAGCAGUACCCAUACAAAAAAACAUUGUGGGUUUAAAAGACUUAACGAUCAAGAGCUUGGAAUGUUAAGACAGUGGAAACCUUUCAUACAAAUCUCAUUGCAGAACUAAGUCCUUUCUUACUAUGUACUCCAAGUAUUCAAUAAUGAAUACACAGUUGUAAGCUGAAUUUUGACAUGAAAAAAUAUGUAAAAUGUAAUUAUUCAAAUUUCUGCAAUAUUAUUCAUUCCAAAAAUUGUUAAUUUUUCUCUCAUAUUUCCAUUUUUCUAAUGAGAGCUUUUAUUACUUAUAUUACAUGACAGUGGUGGCGCUGUGCACUGAAGCUAGAACUAGACUGCAAACGAUGUUAACAAUGCUGUUUUAAAUGAGCCUUCUCUCACUUUCUGUAUGUAAACAAAUAAACUAACAUUUGCUUUUA